AUGCUUUCAUUCGCUUCUCCCAGCUGGCAAACAGGAAUCCUAGCACAGAACCCGCAAAAGGGACUCUUGGCGUCCGGCAAGGCGCGAUUGGCUUCACUUAUUGUGCCGCGAUUAUACCUCUCCGACUAUUUCACCGCACAUGACGAGAAGGAACUAAUUCGACUUAACAUCACCCAUGUUGUCAGUGUCAUCGACAGAGUCCCCUCCAUCCCCAACUGCAUUGCGGACGACCACAGAAUGCAUAUCUCGGUUGCAGACCGUUCGGAUGCUGAUAUCCUCCAAUACCUGACACAAGCAACAGCUUUCAUUGUGGCCGCACUAGAGCAAAACGAUGACAACAAUGUCCUGGUCCAUUGUUUCCAAGGCGUCAGUCGCAGUGCGACUAUAGUCUGCGCCUAUCUCGUCGCUACAACUUCUAUGGAUUCGUUUGAAGCCGUCGGCUAUGUACAGGCAAAGCGUCCCAUUGUGUGCCCCAACCUAGGUUUUCGCCGGCAACUCCAACGGUGGAGUGCCGAAAACUAUGGGCAAGUGGUCAGAGAAGGAAGGAUUGCAAAGUUGGCUGGCAGUUUCGUGGAAACAUUCAAAGAAUUGAAAGCCAAAGCAGGCGGACAGUCUUCGACAACCAAGUUACACCCGAGACUGAAACCUGACCCAUGA